CACUCACCCCCUCGGUCACAGUUUGGUGGUGGUGGCGGUUGAGAGUAUGUCCCGUCGGGGCCGCGCAGUGAGAGGCGGCGGAGCUCAGUGUGAGCAGAUCCAGGAGGAACAUGUCAGGCAGUGCGGACUGACAGGUAUAAAACUCCGUUCGUACCAACUAAAUGGGUUAAAUUGGCUGGCACAGUGCCACAGUGGCCAGCAUGGCUGCAUACUCGGGGACGAGAUGGGACUUGGUAAAACUUGUCAGUCCAUAUCUUUUCUCUUGUAUCUAACUGGAAGGCAAAAAGACAAGGGUCCUUUCCUGAUUCUGUGCCCACUGUCAGUUCUAGAAAAUUGGAGGGAAGAACUGGAAGGGUUUGCUCCACGGCUUUCAGUGGACAUUUACGCAGGAGACAAAGACGCAAGGCAGGCUCUUCAACAAGACUUGAAAAAUCGUGACAAUUUCCAUGUCCUUCUCUCUACUUAUGAGAUCUGCUUGAAGGAUGCAUCGUUUCUGAGUAGGUUUAGUUGGAGUGUUUUGAUUGUGGAUGAGGCCCACAGAUUGAAGAAUAAGAACUCUUUGCUGUAUAAGACCCUCAAAACAUUUUCAGUGGGAUUCAUGCUGCUAUUAACAGGAACACCAGUGCAGAACAACCUUUAUGAGCUAUACUCUCUGCUGAGCUUUGUGGAUCCUGAUGUAUUUCCAGAAGAUGAGGUUGAUAACUUUGUGAAUAAUUACAGCAAUUUAGAGGAGAACACAGAACAAGCUAAAGAAUUGCACAGUCUAAUGCAACCUUUCCUGUUGAGAAGAAUCAAGACAGAUGUUGCUACUGAGCUACCUAAAAAGAUGGAGGUUGUUUUAUAUCAUGGCCUGUCUUCACUCCAGAAAAAAUAUUAUAAAGCUCUUCUGAUGAAGGAUCUGGAUGCAUUUGAAAACGAAAUGGGUAAGAAAGCUCGGCUGAUGAACAUUUUAAUCCAGCUAAGAAAAUGCGUGAACCAUCCGUACCUUUUUGAUGGUGUUGAACCAGAACCUUUUCAGAUCGGAGAGCAUCUUAUGGAAGCAAGUGGGAAACUUUACUUGCUAGACAAAUUACUGGGAUUCCUGAAAUCCAGAAACCACCGAGUGCUACUGUUUUCUCAGAUGACUAGAAUGCUAGAUGUUCUGCAAGACUACAUGGAAUAUAGAGGUUACAGUUACGAACGCUUGGAUGGGUCAAUACGUGGAGAAGAACGAUUCCUUGCCAUCAAAAAUUUUAGUCAACAAGACGUUUUUGUGUUUCUUUUGAGCACUAGAGCAGGUGGAGUUGGGAUGAAUCUAACAGCUGCUGAUACAGUCAUAUUUGUGGACAGUGAUUUUAAUCCCCAAAAUGACCUCCAGGCAGCAGCAAGAGCUCACAGGAUCGGCCAAACAAAGCCAGUGAAAAUUAUUCGGCUGAUUGGAAGAGAUACAGUGGAAGAAAUAAUCUAUGGCCGAGCUAAAUCAAAGCUGAAACUGACGAACACUGUGAUUGAAGGAGGUCAGUUUUCUCUAAAGGAAGGAGGAGAAUCAUCUGGGAAUCCUGAUAUGCAGCUCAGUGAUAUCCUGAAGUUUGGGCUGGACAAACUUCUCUCUUCUGAAGAGAGCACUGUGGAAGAAAUUGAUCUGGAAAGCAUCCUAGGAGAAACCAGGAAAGGAAUAUGGGUUGCUGAUGACCAACCAAUACCAACUGAAGAAGCAUGCAAAGAGCCAGAGAGCACAACACACAUGUACUUGUAUGAGGGGAAGGAUUAUUCGAAAGGGCACACUUCAGCAGACCAGAACACUUUCAAACAACUUUUAGAUAUUUACAAAGUGAUGCUUGAAGACACCAGUAAAGAAGGAAGAUCACUCCGCAAUAAAUCCAAAGUCCUUUUGACUGCUCCACUGAGCCUCAGCACCAGAAAGAAACGGGCAUGGUCGCCCGAGGAACUUGAGCAGCGUCGGCAGAAACAGCAGGAGGCAGCAACCAAACGGGCAAAACUUGCGGAGGAAAGAAAGCAAAAGCGAGAAGAGGAGGAGCACAAGAAAAAACUGGCUUGGUGGGAAUCCUGUAGCUACAGAUCCCCUUGCCUUCCAUCAACAGACAGUGGGAAUGAGAGUGAAUCAGAGGAGGAGGGAGAUGAGCUUGCUGGAGAUCUAGAUGUCACAGAUACAGAACAGACUUCAAUUCACUAUGUUAUCGGUGAUGUGACUCACCCAACAGCUGCUGUCACGGGGGAUGCAAUAGUAGUGCAUUGUGUUGACAACUCUGGUAGAUGGGGAAUAGGAGGCUUAUUCACAGCUCUGGAGGCUAGAUCUGAUGAGCCACGAAAGCAGUAUGAACGAGCAGGAAAGAUGAAAGAUCUUUCUCUGGGCAGUGUCCUUCUGUUUGCCAUUGAUGACAAAGAGUCUCGGAGUUUGGGGCAGGAUAUGUUGGCUUUAAUAGUUGCCCAGCAACGGGAUCGUUCCAACAAUCUUUCAGGCAUCAAAUUGAUGGCCUUGGAAGAUGGAUUGAAAAAGCUGUACAUAGCAGCCAGGCAGAGAAAUGCAAGCGUUCACCUCCCUCGAAUAGGACACGCAACCAAAGGAUUUAACUGGUAUGGCACCGAAAGGCUUAUUCGGAAAUAUCUUGCAUCAAGGAAGAUACCGACCUACAUUUACUAUUUCAAGAGACAUAUUGCCUCCUCGUCAGCUCAUGGUUCCUCAGCAUCUACCAGCAAAACCGCAAUGAAGGAAGAUAAGGAUAGCAGAAAGAAGGCAGAGAGCUGCAGUCCACAACAGUCAGCAAAAGGUUCGGCUACUCUUCCAGAUUUUAUGUCGGGAGUGAGUGUUUACUUCUUCAACAUAUCGGAGUCAGAAAAGAAGAAGCUUAGUCGUUAUUUAGUAACUUAUGAUGGGAACGUGGAUCAGAGCUUUUGCGCUGAGACAACUCAUAUUGUGGCACAAGUGGACAAUUCAAGCCAAGCUCAGGAGUUGCAAAGCUGCCUGCAAGAGAAUCCUACAGCACUGGUAGUGCAAGCUCGAUGGCUGGAGGUUUGUUUUUCAGAACAGAAGAAAGUUAGUCCUUCUGCACAUGAAAUAAAACUAAAAAACCCAGAGUAAAACCAAAGUUUGUUUCAAUCAAAUACUACACUGUAAAGUUGUGUUUUAUAAAUGGAAGCAUAAAUGAAUAAAUAUAAGAUUGGAUU